AUGGAGAUGUCACUUAAUGAAAUUAUUAAGUCAACCAAAAUGGGCAGCAAAAAGCGAGUCGUGAAAAACCGUGUCGUUGGAGGGAAAGCAGCAUCGAGGAACAAGGGUAAUACGAACAGGACUUCAACAGGGAGAAUAGCCAAAAAGCCUAAAGCAUCUUCGAUAAGCUCAGUAAAACUCCUCAGAGGUUUCGAGCAACAGUUACAGCAACAACAACAUAAGAACGAACCAGUAAAAUUAAUAAUAUCAAAUCUACACGCAGAUGUGAGCGAUUUGGAUAUGCAAGAGCUUUUCAGCGAGUUCGGCAAUUUGCUGAGCGCUCAUGUGCACUACAACAAAACCGGGAAAUCCUUGGGCACUGCCGAUGUGGUUUUCCAACGACAAGGGGAUGCUGUUAAGGGAAUGAAGCGCUACAACGGAGUACCACUCGAUGGUUACAAGAUGAACAUCCAGAUGGCGUCUUCGAAUUUACCGACGACAGCGAGACCGCCACAAAUAAAACAAAGGCUUGGCGAAAAGAAGGUUGUCAAGAAAGCAGUUAACAAGAAAAAACCAAGUCAAGGAAAUAUGAGGAGGCAGUCAAAAGGCAAAACAAACGUUCGGGUUAAGAAAGAACCGAAGAAAGUGUUUACUAGAGAAGAUUUGGAUGCCGAAUUGGAUGCCUAUAACACCACAAGGAAUUAGUGAUAAUACUGUAAAUAGCUUUAGCGUGUAAAAUAUUAUGUAGAAUAAAUAAAGUACCAUAUACAUCGUAAUGUUUCCGAUUCCGUGUUCAGAAAUAAUAAUCUAUUAGAGAACAACCGGGGGCCUCGGUAGCGAUUUUCA